GUAAAUUUGUCUGAUCAAGUCAUGGAGCAAGCAAAAUUAUCAAAAGCAACUGUCUCUAAAUUGAGAUCUAAAGUAAUUAAAAUACCUGAAUACAAUAGAGAUGAGAUUAAAGUAGGAAUUUUCCAUUUUGGAGUAGGAAACUUUCAUCGUGCACAUCAGGCAUUAAUUAUGGACAGUUUGUUUGGAAUGGGAUUGUGUAAGGAUUAUGGAAUUUGUGGAGUCGGUGUGUUGCCACAAGAUGCAAAGAUGCGGGAUGUAUUGAAGGAACAAGACUAUCUCUACACGUGCAUUGAAAAGUCAUCAAAUGGAGAUUUCAAUUAUCGCAUUAUCGGUUCUAUUAUUGACUAUAUGUUUGUGCCUGAUAAUGUAAAUGCUGUUAUUGAAAGAUUGUGCACGUCAGAUGCAAAAAUAAUAACAUUGACGAUCACAGAAGGUGGCUACAAUAUUAAUCCACUGACAAAUGAGUUUGACUUGUUGAAUGUUCAGCAUGACUUGAAAAAUCCCUCAAAUCCUAAAACUGCAUUUGGUAUAGUGGUUGAGGCACUAAGAAGACGAAAGGAACGCAAUUUGAAAGGAUUUACAAUCUUGUCUUGUGACAAUCUUCAAGAAAAUGGGAAAAUGGCCAAAAAAGCUUUUCAUAGCUACGCAAUAGCUCUCGAUACUGAACUAGCUGAUUGGAUGCUCGAAAACGUUACAUUCCCAAAUUCUAUGGUCGAUAGAAUCACUCCAGUCACUACUGAAGAUGAUCGUAAGCAUGUACAUGAAAAAUUAGGUCUAGUUGAUGGAUGGCCAGUAGUUUGUGAAGAUUUCAUCCAUUGGGUCAUUGAAGAUCAUUUUGUGGACGGAAAGAGACCACAAUUUGAGAAGCAUUCAGCUGUUCAAAUAGUUCAGGAUGUCGAGCCAUACGAAUUAAUGAAACUGAGAAUUAUUAAUGCUGGACAUCAAGCAAUUGCUUACUUUGGAAUGCUACUUGAUUAUAAAUAUGUCCAUGAUGUCACUCGACAUGAAUCAAUCGCAAAUUUCUUAAAUAGCUACAUGGAUAAAGAAGCUACAGAUACCUUAAAGCCUGUUCCUGGAGUUGAUUUAAUGAAAUACAAAGCUAAGACUGUUGAAAGAUUUCAAAAUCCAAAUAUUUUAGACACGUUGAUGCGCUUAGCCUUUGAUGGUUCCGACAGAGUCUUUAAAUUUGUCAUUCCAGUCAUUGUAGAUCGUGUUAAAGCUGGUCAAAGCAUCUACUUAAGUACAGCAAUUGUUGCAAGUUUCGCUAAAUACUUGAAUGGUCAAUCAGGAACUGGAAAGCCAAUUGAAGUUGUUGAUCGUGCAAAGGCUAAAUUAGCAGUCCUAAACGGCAAGUUGUUAAAAGAUCCAACUAUGAUAAAGCAUGAAAGUGAAUUAUUUGGUGAUAUCGUAUCAAAUCCAGAAUUUGUUCGUGUGUUUAAAGAGAUUUAUGACAAAAUUGGAGACUGUGGUAGUGAGGCUACUCUGAAGUGGUUGGUAGAUAUGAAAUAAAUGACACUUGAUUGCUAUUCAAUAUGAUAUACUUAAAAGAAUACAAUAAAUAAAGGAAUGAGAUAAUCAAAGCAA